GUGCUGUGGGUGAUGUUCAGCCUCAGCUUCGCCAUCCUCUUUGCAGUUGCCGUCAUGGUGCUGGUCCGGCGGCUGCGCCUUAAGGAGGUGCCUGCCCAGGAGACACCCAAAUACCGCUUCCGAAAAAGGGACAAGAUGAUGUUCUACGGGCGCAAGAUCAUGCGCAAGGUCUCCCAGUCCACCUCCUCGCUGGUGGACAACACCAUUUCCAGCGCCUCCCGGCCCCGCAUGAAGAAGAAACUCAAAAUGCUCAACAUCGCCAAAAAGUUCCUGCGCAUCCAGAAGGAGCUGCCCACCCUGCAGCUGAAGGAGCCCCCGCCCUCGGUGCUGGAAGCCGACCUGACCGAAUUCGACGUGGCCAACUCCCACCUCCCCUCCGAGGUGCUCUACAUGCUCAAAAACGUCCGGGUGUUGGGACACUUUGAGAAGCCGCUGUUUCUGGAGCUCUGCAAGCACAUGGUUUUCCAGCAGUGCCAGCAAGGGGAUUACGUGUUCCGACCUGGGCAGCCCGACGCCAGCAUCUACGUGCUGCAGGACGGCAAGCUGGAGCUGCUCCUCACCGAGCCGGAUGGAAAGGAGACAGUGAUGAAAGAGGUGUUUCCUGGAGACAGUGUGCACAGCCUGCUCAGCAUCCUCGAUGUCAUCACGUCCAUCUCGCACGAGCCCAAGGAACGCAAGUCGGUGACGGUGGAAGAGCAGCCAUCAGGCAUCUACCGGUACAGCUGUGAGGAUGAGUCGGCUGUGGUGGACUGUCCCUUCGAGCCCUCCCAGGGCCGCCAAACCAGCGCCAUCUUCGAGGCUGCCAAGCAAGAGUUGGUCAAACUGAUGAAGGUGGAGGACCCUUCUCUGCUCAACAACCGUGUCUGGCUCCAUCAUGCCAAAGCUGGGACGGUUAUUGCCCGUCAAGGGGACCAGGACGUGAGCCUCCACUUUGUGCUGUGGGGCUGCCUACACAUCUACCAGAGGAUGAUCGACAAGGCCGAGGACGUCUGCCUCUUCCUGACGCAGCCCGGUGAGAUGGUGGGGCAGCUGGCCGUGCUCACUGGAGAGCCCCUCAUCUUCACCAUCAAGGCCAACCGCGACUGUACCUUCCUCAAGAUCUCCAAGUCGGACUUCUACGAGAUCAUGCGGGAGCAGCCCAGCGUGGUGCUGAGCGUCGCCCACACCGUGGUCACCCGCAUGUCACCCUUCGUGCGCCAAAUGGACUUCGCCAUCGAUUGGAUGGCGGUGGAAGCCGGCCGGGCGCUCUACAGGCAGGGUGACAAGUCAGACUGCACCUACAUCGCGCUCAACGGGCGCCUCCGCUCCGUCAUCCAGAAGGGCAGCGGCAAGAAGGAGCUCAUUGGGGAGUACGGCCGCGGGGACUUGAUCGGCGUGGUGGAAGCGCUUACCCGGCAACCCCGUGCCACCACGGUGCACGCGGUCCGGGACACGGAGCUGGCCAAGCUGCCUGAGGGCACCUUGAACAACAUCAAGCGUCGGUACCCUCAGGUUGUCACCCGUCUCAUCCACCUCCUGAGCCAAAAGAUCUUGGGAAACCUCCAGCAGCUCCGCGGUCCCUUCGCAGGCUCUGGUUUGGGCAUGGCCUCCAGCUCAGAGCCCACCAACCCCACCAGCAACUUGUCCACGGUGGCGGUGCUGCCGGUGUGUGACGACGUGCCCAUGGCUGCCUUCACCUUGGAGCUCAAGCACGCGCUGAAUGCCAUCGGUCCCACGCUGCUCCUCACCAGCGACAUCAUUCGCGCCCGACUCGGCUCCUCGGCACUGGACAGCAUCCACGAGUACCGCCUGUCAGGUUGGCUGGCCCAGCAAGAAGACAUCCAUCGCAUCGUGCUCUACCAAACUGACUUCACUCUGACGCCGUGGACCGUGCGCUGCAUCCGGCAGGCAGACUGCAUCCUCAUCGUUGGGUUGGGUGACCAGGAGCCAGCACUGGGAGUGCUGGAGCAGAUGCUGGAGAACACGGCGGUGCGCGCGUUGAAGCAGUUGAUCCUCCUCCACCGCGAGGAUGGUCCCAGCCCAUCGCGCACCGUUGAGUGGCUCAACAUGCGGAGCUGGUGCUCGGGCCACCUGCACAUCAAGUGUCCGCGCCGCGUCUUCUCCCGACGCAACCCCGCCAAGUUGCGGGAGAUGUACGAGAAGGUGUUCGCCAAGAGCGCCGACCGGCACAGCGACUUCUCCCGCUUGGCGCGGGUGCUCACUGGCAACACCAUCGCCCUCGUUUUGGGUGGCGGCGGAGCCAGGGGCUGCUCCCACAUUGGGGUGAUCAAGGCGAUGGAGGAGGCGGGGAUCCCCAUUGACAUGGUUGGUGGCACCUCCAUCGGCUCCUUCAUCGGCGCGCUGUACGCUGAGGAGCGCAGCGCUGUGCGCACCAAGCAGCGGGCACGCGAGUGGGCCAAGUGCAUGAAUUCGGUGUUUGCGACCGUCCUGGAUCUCACCUACCCCAUCACCUCCAUGUUUUCGGGCUCAGCCUUCAACGCCAGCAUCAACAAGGUUUUCCAGGACAAGCAGAUCGAGGACCUUUGGCUUCCCUACUUCAACGUCACGACAGACAUCACGGCCUCAGCCAUGCGGGUGCACACGGAUGGCUCGCUCUGGCGGUACGUGCGAGCCAGCAUGACCCUAUCUGGGUACCUGCCGCCCCUCUGCGACCCCAAGGACGGCAACUUGCUGAUGGACGGGGGUUACAUCAACAACCUGCCAGCUGACAUCGCCCGCAGCAUGGGUGCCAAGACGGUGAUCGCUAUCGACGUGGGCAGCCAGGACGAGACGGACCUGUGCAACUACGGGGACAGCCUGUCGGGCUGGUGGCUGCUCUGGAAACGCCUCAACCCUUGGGCUGAAAAAGUCAAGGUGCCCGACAUGGCAGAGAUCCAGUCGCGGUUGGCGUAUGUGUCGUGCGUGCGGCAGCUGGAGGUGGUGAAGUCCAGCUCGUACUGUGAGUACAUCCGUCCCCCGAUCGACCGCUUCAAGACGAUGGAUUUUGGCAAGUUCGACGAGAUCUAUGACGUGGGCUACCAGCACGGCAAGCUGGUCUUCGAUGGCUGGAGUCGAGGUGACAUCAUUGAGAAGAUGGUGAAAGACCGGCGCUCGGCUGACUUCUAUGAGAGCAAACGCAUGGAUGUGCUCACGUACCCCAGUGCUGGUUUCACGGACCUGGCAGAGAUCAUCUCCCGCAUUGAGCCCGCCAAGCCCUACCCAGCGGAUGGAUACGCGGAUGAGGAGUCUGACUACCUCACCGAGUACGAGGACGAGGGGCCGGAGCUGACGCGGGGUGAGGAGGAAGCGUUCGCCCCAACCGAGUGGCCCGGAGCCGGCGUGAUGGAGGCUGAGGACGAGAAGACCCUGCGGCACCGCCCCAGUCCGGCCCAGCCCUCCUCCACACCCCCCACCUGAGCCUGGAUGGCACCGAGGGACCCCAACAGCCCCCGGCCGCUGCCCCCGGCACUACCUCGCACGCCGGGGCCCCCCACCCCUCUUCGUGGCUGCUUCCCCAGCCAGGGCUCAGCCCCAUGGCACUUCCCACCCACCCAGGACUGUCCCCACCGCCGUCCCCAAGUUGGGGGGACACUGGGGCGCUCCGGGGACCUUCCUUUUCCCCCCAUCCUGCACUGUUGCACUGGCCCAAAUCCCCCCUCCGAGGCCCCGCGGUGGUGGGGAGGAACGACUGCUGUAUAUUUUCUUUCGGUUUUGUUCUGUUUUGUUUGGUAUGUUUUGUUUUUUUUUAAUUAUUGUUAUUUAAAAACGAACCCAGCGUUGUUUGUCCGGUCCAGGCGGGGGGUGACACGGGGACAGUCACCACCGGGUGACCCUCCCCAGCACCACUGCAGCAUGCGGUGCAGGGACACACCGGGGGGGGGAGCGUGGGGUGGGGGUAACAGGGAGGGCACGGGGACAGGGACAGAUGUGGAGACCCCUGGGGACACCUGGCACUGCCAUGGGA